UUAUAAAAUGUCAAUCGUUCCAAAUGGUACGAAGUGUUUGUACAAUUUUUUUGAUGUAAAAUUUUCACAAUUUCGACCUUAAAUAUCGCAAUAAAUACAUUGCCAAACAUAAAUGCAACAUUUGUCAACGAUUUAUUCAUAAAAUCAUAAUAAUUGAACAGAGAUUCGACGUGAAUGGUGUAAUUUUCUGAAUCCGAAUUUCGUGCCGUGAGUGUUCAGAAUUGACGUGUGUGUUUUUUUUUUCAUCUUCUCAGCUGAAAAACUUAAUAUUUUUCUACCCAAAAAAUAAUAUAAAAAUUCAUUAAACGAAUUGUGAUUUGUGUCCAUUCCAAAUGUUAUUUCGGUGCUGAAUAUUGUCCACCUGAAUGUUUUUUUUUAUUGAUUUUACUUUGAUUUUGUGAUCGUUUUGUAUAUAUGUGUAGUUGUAAUUGUUUAUUCCAUUUAAGAGACGAAAGAAAAAAUUAAGAUCAAUUAGGUGCGGCGUGCGAUCAUAAUAUUUAAAUUCUCUUAUUUGGACCAGUCUUCGGUACCCUCCAGAAAAAUUAAAAGGAAAACUUAAAUCGCGUACCGACAAACGCUACAUAAAAUAUCGAACAUCGCAUAUAUAAAUACCUACACACCACAAUUAAAAUUCUUUUGUUUUCGGACAAGGAAUUUCAGCGCAUUUCUAGCAUUUACCAAACACAAAAAUGAAUCCUGAACAUGGAUUUAAUCCGGCUUUUAAUAUGGCUACCAUACGACAGGCUGUGGAAAGAGCUGUCGAAAGGGGUAUAAGUAAUGUGAGAAUGCCCACACCGACCCGGCUCCGUGACUUAAUUCGACAGAUUCGGGCUGCCCGAACGGCUGCUGAAGAACGAGCUGUAGUAAAUAAGGAAACCGCUUACAUUCGAACUACAUUUCGAGAGGAAGACUCGGUGUGGCGAUGCAGAAACAUUGCGAAACUGUUGUACAUUCACAUGCUCGGCUAUCCGGCCCAUUUCGCUCAGUUAGAAUGUCUGAAAUUGACGGCCAGUCCACGGUUCACAGACAAGCGAAUCGGCUAUCUAGGUGCUAUGCUGCUGUUGGACGAAAGACAAGACGUUCAUUUGCUGAUCACAAAUUGUUUGAAAAAUGAUUUGAACAGUCCCACUCAGUUUGUGGUUGGCCUGGCGCUAUGUACAUUGGGAGCGAUUGCUUCGCCGGAAAUGGCUCGAGAUUUAGCUAGUGAAGUGGAACGACUAAUGAAAUCGCCGAAUGCUUACAUUCGGAAAAAGGCGGCGUUGUGCGCUUUUCGUGUCAUCAAGCGUGUUCCGGAUUUGAUGGAAAUAUUUUUGCCAGCAACGAGGUCUCUCUUGAGUGAAAAGAAUCACGGUAUUUUGAUCACUGGCGUCACGUUAAUUACGGAAAUGUGCGAAAACAGUACCGACACGUUACUGCAUUUCAAAAAGGAUAGUGGAAGCCGUGAGAUUGUCCAAAAUUUGGUGCGAAUUUUGAAAAAUUUAAUUAUGGCUGGCUAUUCACCCGAACAUGAUGUCAGUGGCAUUAGUGAUCCAUUUUUACAGGUGAAAAUUCUGCGCUUGUUAAGGAUCCUAGGACACAACGAUCCGGACGCAUCCGAAGCAAUGAAUGAUAUUCUUGCUAGUGUGGCAACAAAUACGGAAACAAGUAAAAAUGUUGGCAACACAAUUCUGUAUGAAACAGUGUUGUCGAUAAUGGAUAUUCGUUCCGAAGGUGGCUUACGUGUCUUAGCUGUAAAUAUUUUGGGUCGAUUUUUGCUAAACAGCGACAAGAACAUUCGCUACGUUGCAUUGAAUACACUUUUGCGUACUGUGCAUGCCGACACAUCUGCCGUUCAGCGCCAUCGCACCACCAUAUUGGAGUGCCUGAAAGAUCCAGACGUUUCGAUUCGAAGACGUGCGAUGGAAUUGUCUUUCGCACUCAUCAACGCUCAGAACAUUCGGACAAUGAUCAAAGAAUUGCUGACAUUUUUGGAAAAAUCCGAUUCUGAAUUCAAAGCUCAAUGCAGCAGCGGUAUGAUAAAUGCUGCCGAACGUUAUGCGCCCAAUAUUCGUUGGCAUUUGGAUACCCAAUUGAGUGUUCUGAUUGCCGUUGGUAAUUAUGUGCGCGACGAUGUGGUGUCUUCGACCAUUCAACUAAUAUCGAGCAGUCCAUCUGAUGAACAGGGUUACAUUACGUCCAGAUUGUGGCAUUCACUGCAGGUGCCGAAUAAUUGUGAGGAUAAACAGCCAUUGUUGCAAGUGGCAAUUUGGGCGAUUGGAGAAUAUGGAGAUUUGUUUAUGUACGAGGAUCGAAGUGAUAGUGCGGAAAAACCAAACGAACAUGACAUAAUUGAAAUGUAUCAGAAGUUACUUUGGUCCACUCAGGCGUCCACGAUAAGCAAGCAGUAUAUUUUAGUGUCUUUGGCAAAACUAAGUACGAGGCUACGCACUGGACAAGAUGAAAUCAAAACGGUCAUCGAUUCAUUUGGUUCCCACUUAAAUGUUGAUCUACAACAGAGGGGUGUUGAAUUUUCACAACUCUUCCGAGCUCACAGCAAUCUACGACCGGCCUUGUUAGAAAAAAUGCCUCCAAUGCAAAUAACACGCGUUGCCAAUCAGAAUGGUGACAGUCCCGAAGAGAAUGGUGGCAUUGAGUUGAUCGAAAACGGUUUGGACGAUCUGGAAAACGUCAGGCCAGCUCCAAUAUCCGAAUCGAACGCUCUUCUGGAUUUGUUAGGUGGCACCGAUGGACCAGUAGAUUUUAAGCCAGUCACCACCAAACAAACCGUCAACACAAACACAAUGUCGAACGCUACAUCAAACAAUCAAGAUUUGCUGGAUCUCUUGGGCGGCUUAGAUCUUUCCAAUCCCACAGUCAAUUCAAACGACAAUACAAACAACGGCAAUAAUCUGUUUUCCAUGCCAGCUCCGUUAUCCACAUCGAUCAGUUCGCCACAAUCUCAACUCAUCACCGGCGGACUGUUCGACGAUUUGAGCGUGCCAUUGUCGCAGACAACUGGAUUGACACUGACUGCGUUGGAUCAAAAUGGAAUUUCGGUCGUGCUAGUGCCGCAAAAAAUUGCUGGAUGUCUGCAGGUGCUGAUGACGGCCACAAACAGUUCGUUAACGACAUUGGAACAGUUUCUAUUCCAAGCUGCAGUUCCUAGAAGUUUUACGCUACAAAUGCUGUCGCCGUCCGGAUCGAUGCUGCCGCCAGGUGGAACCAUUACGCAGGAAAUGCGACUAACGUGUUCGGCUAAUGCAACUCUUCGCAUGAGACUUCGUAUUUCAUAUAUCAGUGAUGGAAAUCGUGUGUUAGAACAAUCGGAGGUCAGUGGAUUCCCAGACGAUGCGUUCGACUAGUAAAGGGAAAUUUGAUGUGAAAAAUCAAUCAAAUUUAUGUCAUAGAAAGAGAGAAAAUUCAUUUUUUUUAUUCUUAAUCAAAAAUAUUUAUUUGUUUCUUUUUAUUAGUUAUUUAACACGCGAAACGAGAGAGAGAGAUAGAGAGAGAUGAAGAAGGGAAAAACCCUGUCUCCGAAUCAAAUUUGUAUGUCCUCAAUUCAAUUUUGUAAUUUAAACUUGAUUUUUUGUUAAAAACAAUUUUUUCUGAUUAAUUAAUGAUAAAAUUUAAUCAACUCUGCUGCUGGGUAGGUCGUAUUAUUACAAUUAAUUCAAUUGUCGAUGAAAAACAUCGACCCGAAACAACUAUGUCGAAAAACUUACCGGUAAAGGCUCAUAGACGCAAAAUAUAUUUAUUGAAAUGAAGAAAGACCCAAACAUAACAUGGGCGUAUGCGUUAGUCAGGCAGUGCAGUCGAGGAAAACUGACAAUUUGUUUAUGUCAUCGAAUUUUCUACUCAGCCAUUUGUUUCAAGUUCAAAAAGUACGUGAAGCGUUCGGUCAGUUGACCCCUACAAUUCGUUGUAUCCAAAUUAUGAAACUUGGGUGUGUCUACGAACAGUUGAGAAAUAUCUCAUGCGAAAUUGUCCCCACCGGGAUUUGAACCACGGUCACAAAAUAAUGUUUUUCCGUUCCAUUUUAGAUCCUCUCAUCCUCACUAAGUGAGUACUUUAUGGAAAUAACACUUUACUAAAAUGUCUCUUGCCUCAUUCAAAUUCAUAUUUUCGGGUAUUAUUUAACCCUUUCAUGCAGUGUUUACUGUUUACUGAACUCAUGAUCUAUACAUCACUUAAUUUGCAAAAAUUCAUUGAAAUUCGCCAAAAUAGCCUGUUUUCCUAGGCGCAACACAGUUUACGGUUUUUGUAGUAGAACAUUGAAUUAGAUUAUGAGUGGAAAAAUGAGCCAUUGGGGUAUGAGUAUCUUCCAUCUAUUUUAAAAAUUACUUUCUGGCCGGAAAUAGUGCAACGUAAUGGUGUGCUAAUCUCGCAGAUAGUUUUCAGUGAAUUCAUUCCGGAAUAUUAUGAAUAAACCUAACCGAUAAUCUCCGAACUAAUAAGAUCAUAAUUUGAUCUGUUUAUUGAAUAAAACAAUCUUUCUUAAGUAUCCGCCUCGCUUUAUUUCAUUUUGAUGGCAUAACAUGUUUUAUUCUUCUCACCGUUUACGGAAAUGAUUCAUUACAUGAUGUCAUUUGCGGUAAUUCUACUUCGGCGGGGCUUCGCGCUGUGAAAUACCCUACACAAUUGUUUGGACGUUAUUAUUUUGAUAUCUCAAAUUAUUGUAGUUCUUGUCUUCGGUGCGGGUGACAAACUUCACACUCGGCAAUAUAAGAAUGAUUAAACAACAAGGACAUAAUUUACUAAUUGCCAUGAUGCUAAAACAUCGCCUGCAAUGACUACUUAUUGUUUUAGAAAAAAGUUCUUAAAUCUACUUACUACCUACUUACCUACUUAAUGGCUCGACGAGAUUUCUUGUAAUCU